AUGGGUUGUGGGAAACGCCACUGUAUCAAGUUAAAUUUGACGAAAGCGAGAAGAAUCCAGAUAAUGCUCAACUUCAUAACUUAUUUGAGAUUAGCUUUAUAUUUAACGGGCAACUUGACUUCUAUUCCAACUCUGGCAAUUCUACUUCGUAGCCAACUACUUCAUCGAAAUUUCCGGCUUGUUCUUAUUAUUAUUAUCUUGUCAGGUUAUUUCAUCUCGUUUGUGACGUAUCUUAAUUUUGCAGUAAUUAUUCUGGAUAUCUCUAAUAAAGAGGAGAUCAUGAACAAAGCUAGGAUAAUCUUUUACUGCGGAGCUGCGUUGUUUGUUUAUGGGAAUCUAUGUCUAACUAUAGAGAGAUACCUGGCAGUAUGUUUUGUCACCACAUAUGAAAAAUACUCGUCGUCUAAAGCCUCUGCAGCGCUCACUAUCAUCUGUGUGACGCUUCCUGCUUUUGUGUUUGGCGGUACCACCUCCAAAUUACCUCCAGAUCACGUCCUGUUCAUUUUGAGUUUCUCUGCAUGUUCAGUUGCGAGUGUUGCUGUAUCUGCUUAUCUGAGAUUUCACAAACCAACUCGAAUGGUCGGUAGAAUCUCUUCACUUUGCUCCAGAUAUCAGAUUAAGGAGAACAACAAAACCAUGGUCAUUUAUCUUUCACUAUCUCUUAAUGAACUGAUAACAGCUAUUAUCAUGUUGGUUUUGGUAUAUUUCAUAUAUAAGAAUUAUGAAAGCUUCGAACUGGAAGAAGGAGGUUAUGCCGCCAGUGGACUUGAUUUGGUUACAUCUUACCGCAUUGUUGCGAUUCAUUUGGCUUUGAUGUAUUAUUGGUACAAGGAGAAACGAACACGAAGAACGGUAACCAUCUGCACGAGUCAGACCGCUGAGGAGUACUACAAAACGAUCAAAGAAAUAUGGAAAUAG